UGUCCCAGCGGUCUGCUGAAGGCGCUGUAUGCCCACAGUCAGUCGGGUUGAGGACGGAGCUGUGUGGAUUUGGAUGUGACAGCCUGGAAGACCUGUAGACUGUGGGCUUUGCUUUCUUGGAAGUUGCCGCAGCCACAUGUGUGCAGCUUCAGCAGCAGCAGCCCUGCAGAACCCAGACAUGUCCUGACCCCAGGACGCGACCGCCUGGCCCCGGCUAGGGACAGGGACACGGACCCUGCAGCUGCUGCAGUGUGUGUGUGUGUGUGUGUGUGUGUGUGUGUGUGUGUGUUUGUGUGCGUGACCUGCAACAUGCCACGGACAUUUAGGCGCGCGUGAGUGAGUGAGUCCCUCUCUCUCCAUCAUGCUCCUCGUGCACUGCCUGCUCUGGAGCGUGCAGCAGCAGCAGCAGCAGCAUCAGCAUCAGCCUCGUGCUCGCUCGCGCUUCUCUGGUGCGGCUGUGGACCGGGAAUGAACCAACAUGGACGUGGAGAAGGAGGGCUGGUUCUCUCUCGUGGAGAACGGGACCGCUAACUGGACCGCGUCCAGCCUCUACCUCGGUGACCACAACACCAGCACCACCUCUGGCCGGGCUGUGUGGGGGGACGGGCGGCCCGGGGAGCUCAGCCGCCCCGAGGAGGCGCUCCACGCCCGGGAAGAAGCGUACCGAGACUUUGCCACCACCAUCCAAGUUCUCAUCCUCCUCGGCUCUCUCUUAGGCAAUGCAGCUGUUCUAUGGUGCACCUGCUGCACAAACGUCUUCAAGUCGGUCACCAGCCGCUUUAUCAAGAACCUGGCCUGUUCUGGGAUCUGCGCCAGUCUGGUGUGCGUACCCUUCGACGUGCUCCUCAAUGCCAGCCCGAGAUGCUGCCUGUGGAUCCACACACUCCUGCUCUGCAGGGCCAUCAAGUUCCUGCACAGGCUCUUCUGCUCGGUCACUGUCCUCAGCUUUGCUGCCAUCGCUCUGGACAGGUACUAUUCUGUGCUGUAUCCACUGGAGAGAAAGAUAUCUGAUGCUAAAUCCAGAGAUGUGGUGAUCUACAUAUGGGUGCAUGCAGUGGUGGCCAGCAUCCCUGUGUUUGCUGUUAGUAAUGUGACUGAUGUCUACGCCACCUCCACCUGCUCUGACGGCCACUCGCUGGGCCACAUUGUUUACAUGGUAGUUUACAAUGUCACCACUGUAAUCUUACCGCUAGGGGCCGUAUUCCUGGCCAUGGUGUUGAUUCGCCGGGCGUUAAGUGCCAGCCAGAAGAAGAAAGUGAUCAUUGCAGCUUUGCGGACCCCUCAGAACAGCAUCUCCAUACCAUACGUUUCCCAGCGUGAGGCUGAGCUUCACAUCACAUUGCUGUCUGUGGUCCUGGCUUUUGCACUCUGCAGUGCUCCCUACGCUGCCCUGGUGGUCUAUCGGGCGCUGCCUCCAGGGGCUUCUGAGGCUUCGGCUUGGCUGCGACUGACGGCUGUUUGGCUGCCGAAAGUGUCACUGCUGACCAAUCCACUGUUGUUUGUGACGGUGAACCGCUCAGCCCGGCGCUGCCUUCUGGACGUUUUGGCACGCCUGCAGCGCCGCUAUAGCCGCAGGAAUGCAGUCAGCGCCGGCGGUCUCGCUGAGGCUGGACCACUGGGAGGUGAAACUGUGGCCCGAUCGGGCAGUCAGCUGCUGGAGAUGUUCAACAUUGGCCAGCAACAGAUAUUCAGACCCAACGAGGAAGAGGAUGAAGAGGAGGAGAACGAAAUCCCUUCAGUGGCCUCAGGCAGUUUCCAGGCCAAACCGGAUGAAGGAACCGGGUGUGGAAAAGCUGCUGGGGGGGUAAUUGGGAUGACAGGAGUCCAGCAAGUGUCUGCAGAAGCACCCAAGGAGGUGGUGGCUUUACCUGUGCCAAAACACUCCCCCAUUCAGACCUGUGCCUACUCAUCCUCACAGGUGGCCCCAGCCACACCCAAUGACCCUGAAGACGUCACACAAUUCGGGUUCGGCCCUUUCGAGCUGCCCCCGCAGUGGCUGCCUGAGACCAGGAACAGCAAGAAAAGACUCCUUCCUCCUCUGGGGAACACACCCGAGGAGCUGAUUCAGACCAAGCAGCCCAACAGACGUCCUGAGAGACGCAUCAGCAGAAACAACAAAGUCAGCACCUUUCCUGCUGUGGACCCCUGAGAACCAGCUUCAGCCAACCAGCACACCAGACUUUUAACAGGACAUCGGAUGGUCCUGGAACAAAAACCUAUGAAAUUCCUUAACAUUUUUUUAAAAACCUAAUGAUAUUUUUUCUUUUUGUGAAUGUGAUUUUUUUUAUACUGAUGAAACCAGAGAGAAUAUCUUUGAACCUUUUUUGUGUGCUGAUUUGUGGAAUGGAUAGAAUUUAGCUUAUCUCAGGCUAUGAAAUAUGUUGUGAGAAUGAAAACUUUCUUUCUCCAGAGAUGCAAGUAAAUAGUAGGAUUUGUAAUAUGGAUUAUGUAGAAAUUUUAUGUGGGAAUAAAAUGCACUCAGACCUUUUGUAGUGUGAAAACUUAAAAUGUUUAAGAAAAGAAUUUCUGAAAAGAUGAUUUUUCAGGUAUUUAUGUUAAAAUUACAUUUAUUGUCCUUUUAUUCUGUAUGUUUAAUGAAACAAAACUGAACUCACUGUGUUGUUCUAACUUUCAUGUUACUCACAAUAACCUUCACAUUUGUUCUGCAUUUAUUAGACAUGCAACAAUCAUGAUUAUCUAUGGCUAAAUAAAGACAAACUGGCCUUACGCUAAUUUUUUUGGGGGGCCAGUUUUUCAGAAUGUGUUUUUUACCAUCAUUAAUAUACCCUUUCUGACACGAUAAUACAAAACACAGGUCUAACAACAAAUACAUAUUUCAAAACGCCACACCAUAAAAGCAAUGUUCUUAUAGCUUUGUCCUAUCCAUUUAAUAAUGGAGGUCACUUUUUGACAGGAGGCUGAAGUCUUCUCAAGACUUUUUUAAUAUUCCAUUCCAGGAUGACUCCAAAUGAUGCGGCAGAUAUAUAAAGGAUGUUGCUCGAACAGAAAGGUACAUUCAGGCUAACAGUUAUUCUUGCCUGCUACACAGUACAGUAAGUGUGAAGUCGUAUGCUUGAGAAGCAAAACAACAAUAAGAUACAGCCCCAAAAUAUAUUAAAAGAAGCUGUGUAAUAAAUCACAUUCUUAGU